CUUCAUAUUUCCCAUUACCAACCCGCCCCAUCCAUCUCCAUUUCAAACAUUGACAAAGAAGAAAAAGCCAGGCAGCUGCAGUACCGGUUAGCAUGGUCUAUGGCAGGAGCAUAGCAAUUGGCGUAUUAUUUCUGGCCAUCGUUUGUGCAUUGUCGGCAUUAAUCUUCUAUUUCAGUUUGGGUCCCUGUCCCAGUGGCACAUUUGCCUGCGACAAUGGAACGCUGUGUGUGCCGCAACGACAGAUAUGUGACAAAUAUCCCAACUGUAUCGAUGGCAGCGACGAACAUCCCGUCGAGUGCGGCAUGGUCUAUGGCAGCAAACAAAUGACCGGUAAAAUUAUAGAACGGCAGCGGCAGAAGUUGCAACAAAAUGUGGGCUCCUUGGAUGUGGGAGAAAAUGUGACGACGACUACGCCAUCUUCGUCAAUGGACAUAGAACUCAUUCACAAGGAUUUAAAUUUUACCAAGACCCAAGAAACAGACAACAAAUAUCAACAUGAACUACAGCAAAAACAACAACAACGACAACAACUGGCAAAAUACAACAAGGCCCAGCAACGUCUUAAUAUCACAACCAUUUGUGAAAUCUCAACAUAUCCCAAAAAAUGUAUCUGCAGUAAAACUAAACUUUACUGUAACGUUAAGGCAUCCUUAACGCGCAUUCCGCAAAUAAGUGAAGAGGUCGAAACCCUAAUAAUAGUUCAUAAUAAUAUAACCCUACACAGGGGGGCAUUUGCAUCCAAUACAAAUUUACAAAUAUUAAAACUAAAGUACAAUAAUAUACAACUGAUACCGGUGGGCGUUUUCGAAAAUCUCACCAAUCUGGAGAGACUUGAUAUACGUUAUAAUAGCAUAAGUUCAAUAGCGGAUGGUGCAUUUUAUGGUCUUACCUCUGUUCUGUGGUUAUUUUUAAGUUCCAACCGCCUGAGGAAGUUACCUAGCCGGGAGUUGUCGACAAAUCUACAAACCCUCGAAUGGUUGGCCCUCAGCGAUAACCUGUUGACAUUGGAUGGUGAAAUAUUUCCAAGGAUGCCGUUACUCUAUGAAUUUCUUCUGGAUUUCAAUAAAAUUGCAUACAUUGGCGAAAGAACUUUUACUCAACUGGAUAAUUUGCAUUUGUUGGAUUUAAAUGGAAAUGUGAUAGAGCACAUCCAUCCAAAGGCAUUUUGGGGUCUAAAAAACAUACGUGAUAUACGUCUUAUCGGCAAUCCCAUCAAAUAUCUAAGUGCUGAGACAUUUGUACAAAAUAAUUACCUGGACGCCUUAUCCCUGGCCUAUACACCGCUAAAAGUCGACGAAUCCUUUCUUCAAACCCUAAAUGUAUCCUACCUCAACUUGAAUGGCAUCAAAUUUGAAAUGAUCGAAUUCGAGUCAAUACAAAAUAUGUUGAAUUUAAAAUACAUUGUCUAUGAUCGUUUCUAUUUUUGUUCAAUGACACCGAAUGUUAAACGCUGUAAACCCAACACGGAUGGUGUAUCCUCGUUUAAGGAUUUGCUGAGUAAACCGGUAUUGCGGUAUUCCGCAUGGAUUAUGGCAAUAAUUACAAUAACUGGUAACAUUAUGGUGCUGUGGGGACGUUUUAUCUAUCGUGAUGAGAACAAGGCAGUCACCAUGGUGAUACGAAAUUUGGCCUUGGCUGAUAUUCUUAUGGGAUUUUAUUUGCUCAUAAUUGGUAUGCAGGAUCAUCGGUAUCGUAAUAUUUAUCAUAGAGUUGCCUUAGACUGGAUAACAUCAUGGCACUGUGCUGCAGUGGGUGUCUUGGCCGUUAGCUCCUCCGAAGUUUCCAUGUUGAUAUUGGCGUUUAUGUCAUUGGAACGUUUCCUCCUGAUUGCCGACCCGUUUCGUGGCCACCAUCAUAUUAGUGUGAAAAAUAUUUUCUUUGCCUUGCUGAGCAUUUGGGUAAUGGGUGUGGGUAUUGCUGUGGCUCCCGUCAUCCUCUGGCAAUCGAGUACGAAAUUCUAUGGCACCUAUUCCGGCACCUGUUUCCCAUUGCACAUCCAAGAGCCAUAUCCGUUGGGUUGGCAAUAUUCGGCGUUUAUGUUUUUGGGAGUAAAUCUUUUUCUCCUGGUUAUGAUAGCCUUACUGUAUACGGCAUUAUUGUUUUCAAUAUGGCGUACCCGCAAGGCAACACCAUUAUCAUUGUUAGACUGUGAAUUUGCUGUCAGAUUCUUUUUUAUUGUCUUGACGGAUGCCCUGUGCUGGGCUCCCAUUAUCGUGGUGAAAAUAUGGGUUUUCUUUAAUUAUAAUAUAUCAGAUGACAUCUAUGCCUGGCUGGUGGUUUUCAUUUUACCCCUAAACUCGGCCGUAAAUCCACUUUUGUAUACGUUUACCACACCGAAAUAUCGCAAUCAGGUCUUAAUGCGUGGUUGGAAGAAAAUAACAGCACGUCGACGUCAUAAUCAGGAUCCAUCAAAUGGUUUGGCUACCACAAUUGCCACGGGAACGGGGUCAUCACAGCAACAGGAAGAUUCAAGUGGCAAGGCCAUACCUCUGGUAUUCAGCAAAUAGACAGAAGAUAUACAACAGAUCAUGAAAACAGUACGAAAUACAAACCAAACCAAACCAAAAUGCAUUUAUUUUUGUUGCCAAAUUAUUGUUUUUUAUGAAGUUUUUAGCCAAAGGUAUAAUGCUCAGUUUUAAGUAAAGUAUAUUAUUUU